AACCCAUUAUUAGGUCCUUUAACUAUCAUGUUAUUGUCUCAAAGGUCCUUAAACUUCAGUUUGGGCUUAAACAGUCCCUAAACUAUCUAUUUCUUCUUCCUCGAGUCCUUAUUUGGAUCUCUGUUAUUUCCGUGAAUACACGCUCCGUUUCUGGCGAGUGAGACCGCCACAUAGGAUAACCAGCUGGAAUAAACAUUGCUGAUUGUGCAAUGACAUCGUGGUUCCUCUUCUUUCCAUUAAUAACAAAAUUUACACUAAAAACCUAAUUUCUCUUUUGUUGCUGCCGUCCUCUAUUCUUCUAUCAUCUCCAUUGCUCUAAAUCACAAGUUCAAGGUGUUGGUUAGGUUAGGAGGUGGUGUUGGCUGGGUUAUGAGGUGAAGUUGGCUGGAUUAAAAGAAUGGCAGAAAAUGAUAGUUUAGAAGAAAUUGAAGCUAGGCUAGAAAAUGAAGGUGAAAGUGAUCUAGAUGAUGGGGUGCCACAGCUAACUUUUGACAAUGUUUGUGUGAAUGUAAGCAUCUUGACUGAUGACGAAGAUGACGAAUUACAGGCGGCAAGAUUGAAUGUGAGGAAGUCUAAACAUAAUGGUACUAUAGCAAGAGAAGGGAAUGAAGGGCAGCAAGAUGUGUCUGAACCUCAAGAGCUUCUACAUCAAGGAACAGGCAUGCGACAUAUACUGUGUCUGAACCUCAACUUACUGAUAAUGAACUAGUGACCGUUGAAGGAGAACCAUUACCCGAGUAUCACUUCCAGUGCAGCCAACCAUUAUAUGGAAGUCAACCACAAGAAGAACCCAAUUCUCAAGGAGAACCAGAGAUGGUUCAUCGCGAAAAUUACCCACAAGCAGAGAUAGUUGAUUUGAAUGCAUACACCGAGUUGUUGAGGUCAGAAGCAACAAGGAAAAUGCAAAAGUUGAGAGAUGUAACUGCUGCAAGGACUAUUAGUGAACCCGCAACACUUGCAGGAAGAGGUCGAGGUCGAGGACGAGGUCGGGGAAUGCCUCCACCGAAUGGUCCAGGAACCUUCAUUGAUGAAGAUACUGGUGUAUCGAUACUUCAUCCUGGCUCAAAGGCAGCGACCCUUUUAUUUGGACCAUAUGGAUCUUCACACUCACAAGUCCAACCUCAAAGGCCGGUGAAACUUGAUACCAGGAGACCACAACAAAGAAAAGGAAAAGAGGUUGUCACCACAAGUCAACUACAAAAAUGAUAUGAAUGAUAUAUGUUUUUGUAUAUUUUGCUACUAUUAGGGUAUUUUGAACUUCUUAUUGUGAAGUCAUUAGUUUUGCCUUAUUUUGGAAAGUUCAUAUUUUAGCCAAGAAUAUUAGGUAAAAGAGCUGCAGAUUUGGCUUGAGGAAUUAAAAGGAGUGGCUUUAUUUUGACAGUGGUGCUUAAGUUAAGAACAAAUGAGAAGACUGGAUUUUGUGAUCUAAUUAAAUUUAGGUUUAUCUCCUUAAAAUCCCCCCACCUUUUACCCCCAAUUCGUUUGUACCCUCACGUUGUAAAACCACCAAAUAUACCCAAAUUACGACCUUUCACUUUCAAUUGUACCCUCAAGCAUUAAAUUGACCUCUUUUCACUUGAAAAAUAUUCAAAUCAAUACUUUAAAUUUUAGCAUAUAUUUUAAAAUAGGACUUAAUAUUUUAUUUAAAACAAAAAUAAACCUAUUUUUUGAAGUGAAAAGAUAUCAAUUUAAUGUUUGAGGGUGCAAUUGAAAGUGAAAGGUCGUAAUUUGGGUAUAAUUGGUGGUUUUGCAACGUGAGGGUGCAAACGAAUUGGGGGUAAAAGGUGAGGGGUUUUUAAGGGGAUAAGCCUUAAAUUUAGUAAUGAUUGUUGGAUUUCUUGUAUGUAAA